AUGACCUAUCGAAGAUUGCUCACUUCCUUAGCUGGUCAUUCACCUUCACCAUCGAGGCUGAUACCUCCUUACGCCCAAUCAUUACCUUCUCUAGCACAGACCCCUUCAUCUUCACUCAGACCUCCUUACACACAUAACGUCACUCUCAACAAGGAUAUCAGCGCAGGAAGAUCCCUCAAAGCAUCUAAAAAGUUCGAAUUAAUACUUGCGCCCAAGAAGGAGAAGACUGCUGGUGAAUGGGAAAAAUGGAGAAGAGAGAUCAUUUCAACAAAUGAAGGAAGAAGACAAGUCGAAGCUAGAUGGAGAGAAGUUAUCAAUAGCUUGGAAAAGAUCAAGGAUGGUCAAAUUGAAAUACCUCAAAUCACAUACCAUCAACUCACUUCCAACCUCGCUUCUCCUUCGAUAGCAGAUGGAAUCAAAUCCACUGGUUUAGUCGUUGUGAGAGAUGUGGUAUCUGAUUCAGAUGCUAUUGGCUGGGCCAAGGACAUACUAUUGAGCAUGGGUGAGAGAAGUGGUCGAGCUGUUUAUUGGCAUCCAUCACUUCUUGCAGCGAGAUCCAAUCCUUCAAUCUUAUCAGCAAACGCUCAACUAUCAUCUGCUCUACUUGCAUCAUCCAAUGUCUAUGUAACAGCAACAACGAUAACCGAAGGACUACAAUCAUCACCUUCAAUACCUCAUUCAUCUGAUCCAUGGUCAACACCAAGAUCCUUAUUAUCUCAUUUGACUCUUACUCCAUCCAUUCCAACUGCGUCAACAAUGGUUUCACCUACGAUCUUAGCAGCUGAAUAUUCUUCUUUAAGACCUUUAUUCAGAUCACUCAAAUCUAAAAUCUCAUUCUAUUCAACAGCCGGAUACCUGGAUCCUGAAAAUUGGGAACUGAACGACUCGACUUCGAAUUCGUCUUCAUCAUCUAAUUCUCAAAACCAGAGCACCGAAACUGAUUUACCUCAUUUACACGGAGUCCAAAUCAUUCACCCGGAAUUAAGACCCGGUGAUAUGAUUUUCCAUCAUUCGUCUUUACCUAUUUUGACCAGUCAAGGUAGUGGACAAGUUUUCCUGCCACUUCAUCCUGUCCUUAAAAACGGUAACGAACAAUGGGCUUCUGAACAAAGAGAUGCUUUUGAAAAAGGCUUACCACCUCCUGGGGAAGGUAUUCAAGAAGGUCUAUGGGAAGUAGAAACUAAAGGCAACAGGAGUAUAGUCGGUGGAAGAGCAGGAAGGGAAGCUAUGGGUUACGAGUAA